ACUCGGGCAUGAUGGGGGUAGAAGUGGUUGCUCUCUGCUUCUGAACAUGGCUCUCCAGUAGUCACUCAAAGAUUUUGCGUGUGACACUUUCUCUUGCAGUCUGAUGCAUCACUGUGUUGAAUCUAUGUUGUAUUAAUGUUAAUUGAAACAUGUUUACGACAUAAUUGAUUUCUGUGGGGGCAUGUGUCAUUGUUUCUGUUUUAGGAAACCACACCAAUUCUGUAAUGCGAUCAUUCGGACCCGUCUGCUCCUUCUCCUAAAAUAACCCCUUAACACAGCCACCCAACACACACGCACACACACACCACACGCAUAGAGAGCUACUGUACCGCAUUUGCACUCCUGACACACUAAGUCGGUGUCAGACACUGUAGGUGUCUGUGUUGUGUCUCUGCAUAUCCUGUAAAUUCCACUUCAGCUUCGAGGGACAUUGUGAUCAAGCCGCUGAACUGAUCUCAUUGACAUUUCAGAUUAGCACUAAGCAGAGCACCCCAGCCCCAUCUGUCUCUCUCUGAGGGUCUCUGUCAGUGAAAAAGGAUUAAGAUAGCUUCUUUUUUUUUUUUUUUAAAAAAAGGUAAGUCAGACAUGAUUUAUUCAUAUCUUUGCUGUCUCUGUGGUGAAUCUUAAAUCUUGAAAUGAAAGUUUCAUAGGAAGCACCUAUAUAUUUUUUCACCUUUUUGAUAGAAAUAUUCUAAAUGCAUGUAUUUGAAUUAGAUACGACCACUGGCAGCACUGUAUCUAAUGCGACCACUGGCUGCACUGCAGAGCUUUCCGUUUAAAAAUGCCAUCUUAAUAUUACCAGCUGCUAUUUACAGAUUUUGGACUGACUUCUUUUUCGGGAGGCUGAAGAACAGGUGGAAGUGCCAGAGCUCAGCUCACUUUUACACUGGCCUGCAAUCAGCCGGAGGAGUGAGUCUCUCUGUCUGUGGGUUGAAUCUUCAACAAUUCUGCGUGAUUCGAAUGCAAACAUUUACAUUUGCUUUUAGCAAAGAUGAUGAUGGUGAGCGACGACUGCCUGGUGGAGUGUAAGAUUGACGACAGCGAUGAAGACGAAGGGGUGGAAGAACAGAUAAACACUCCCCCUCCUCCCCCAGAGUUUGCAUCCAAAUCCUCGACCCCUGCGCCCAAAGCUCCAACUCCACCUGGAGCUCUGACUACACCCAGGGCCCCAACUCCACCCAUAGCUCCAGCUCCACCUGCUGCUCCUCCUACACCAGCAGCCACUCGUCCUGUCAGCAGGGAUCCUCGUGGUAUCAACCAGCACCUAAAGGUGGAGGUCAGUGAUGUGUUGGCAGAACCCAGCAAACCUCACAGCAUAGACCAAGUGUGGAUUUACAGCGUCACUGGCUUUGAGAAUGCUCGUAUCUGGACGUACCAGUGCCUCUCCUUGCUUUUUGCUGUGCCCUGCGCUCUCGUUUGUGGUAUUUUCCUGGCCAUUCUUGCCUGCCUUCAUGUCUGGUUUCUGGUUCCCUGCAUACAGCUGAGCAACACUUUCCUUCCAUGCCUGCGGUCCUUGUGUAUGUGUGCCGUCAACGUUGUCAUCUCUCCAUUCUGUGCAUCUGUUGCUCUCUGCUGCAGCCAAAUCGCAAUUUCACUGUCGAACAAGGACUGGAUUCAAUUGAAAGACAAAGACACAGUAUGAAUGCAAGAUAUGCACUAAGUGGGUGACUGAGUGAAUGCUUAAAUUGGGGGCCUAUUUUUAGUUUCUUUCUUUUUCUUUAUGUUUUUUUUAAUUUAUGGUUUAUUAACCUGCUCUGUUAAUCCUACUUAAAAUGUUUUCUACAUGUAAACCAAUUUCUGUUAUUAUUUCCACCAUCAGGCUAUAAAGAAAUGUACUGCUACUACUAAUACUACUAUUAUUAUCAUGUUGUUGUUGUUAAUCAUUUGAUUUCUGGUUUAUUUGUAUGAAAGCUGAAACAAACUACAAAUAAAAAUGUCAAGA